AUGUCAGACAACAUACCUUCUUAUUUCCAAAGCAGCCCCGACGCUGAAGGAUAUUUUGGUCGGUUUGGCGGUAACCACUAUCCACCAGAACUUCGAUCUGCGCUGCUGGAGCUGGCCAGCAGCUAUCAGGAGCUCCAUCAAUCGCCGGAAUUCCAUCGCGAACUGAACAAGGUGCGGGUCGGACUUCAAGGACGGCCGACCCCAAUUCAUUACCUCGAAAAUAUUUCGAAGCAAGUCGGAGGCGCUCAAAUUUUCAUUAAACGGGAGGAUUUGAAUCACACGGGUGCACACAAAAUCAACCACUGCGUUGGCUUUGCACUUCUCGCCAAACGAAUGGGUAAGAAGAAGCUAAUUGCCGAGACGGGGGCCGGCCAGCAUGGCGUCGCACUGGCAACUGCAGCUGCCUAUUUCGGCCUCGAAUGCGAAAUUCACAUGGGAGAAGUUGAUAUUGCUAAACAGAGCUCUAAUGUUGGCAGCAUGCAAUUACUCGGCGCGCGCGUGGUGCCAGUAGCGACUGGCCAGUCUGCUCUGAAAGAUGCUAGCGAUUCUGCGUUCAACGCGUACAUCGAGCAGCACACACACGCACUUUAUGCGAUCGGCUCAGCUAUCGGCCCGCACCCCUUCCCAAUGAUUGUUCGAGACUUCCAGGGUGUAGUUGGUCGAGAAGCGCGCGAGCAAUUCCUUUCCAUCACAGAUGGAAGCUUGCCCGAGCAUGUGGUUGCCUGCGUUGCUGGUGGCUCCAAUGCGAUGGGUAUAUAUACGGGCUUUAUUGAUGACCCGGAGGUUAUUCUACAUGCAGUGGAGCCUCUUGGCAAGUCUGAUGAGCUAGGCCAACACGCGGCAACGUUAUCAUAUGGAAGACCGGGCACAUUGCAUGGUGCUCGAUCGAUUGUGCUUCAGCAAGAUGACGAUACACCUGCCAGUGUCUCAUCUAUAGCAUCAGGGCUCGCAUACCCUGGAGUUGGCCCGGAGAUUGCGAUGCUCUAUGAAGCCGGUCGGCUAUCAGUCGCAGCAAUUUCGGACGAGGAAGUCAUCAAUACAUUCCUCCGGAUGGCAAAAUUCGAGGGAAUAAUUCCUGCUUUGGAAAGCGCACAUGCACUAGCGUUCGCGAUCCGAUUGGCGUCCCAGCGCCCUUCAUCCGAAAGAAUACUGGUCAAUCUUUCGGGGCGCGGCGACAAGGACGUUGGAUACGUGCUUGAAAAUUACAGGCUAGGUGGUCAACCAGAUCUUUCAUAA